UAGAGCAAAAGUACCCACAGCCGUCGCCUUAUCCAAACCAAGCACUGCUGUGUCCCUCCACUGACCGCAGAAAGCGAAAGAAUGGCAUUUUUGAGGCUUCCAUCUUCUUCCUCCUCCCUUGCAUUUGCUAAGCUCCUCUCCUCUGCAACUGCAGAACCCGUCCUGGCACCAUCGCAGCUGUCCUUUCCGGCCUCUUCGAGUUCAGUCCACAGUAGACUGACCAACUUCAGUUGCCUCCUCUCUGAUCUCCGUUCAAAGUCCUUCAACUUCCUUCUCUCGGGAACACUGGCAUUGGGGCUUGCACUCACCGGAGUCGGGAAUGCUGAGGCUGCGAAGUCAGGAGUAAACAAGCCUGAGCUGCUGCCCAGAGAGUUCACUCCCGUUAUUGAUGUCGCUGGAUUCCUCUCCGACGGUCAGGAAAGAAGAAUAGCCCAGGAGAUUGCUGACAUUGAAAGAGACACCGGGUUCAAGCUUAGAGUCCUAGCCCAGAAUUAUCCCGACACACCCGGAUUAGCAAUUAGAGAUUUCUGGAAUGUAGAUGAUCGGACCAUUGUCUUUGUUGCAGAUCCCACCUUUGGCAACAUAUUAAACUUUAAUGUGGGGGCUUCAGUCGAUCUAGACAUUCCACGGAGCUUCUGGAGUCGUUUGGCAGGGAAAUACGGCAACUUCUUCUACUGGAAAGAGAAGGGCGAAGAUGCAUCUAUUGAGGCAGCUGUGAUGGCAAUAUCGAGUUGCUUGAGAGAGCCGGUGGGACCCAACAACUGUUCGGACGUAAAAUAGCAUAUACAUUCAUUCAUGCGCUACUAGUAUAAGCACCCUCGCAGUAGUAUAUUUACUAAUACAAUCAUGUUAGGUGACUUUUAAGGAGAAUGGAAUAGGACAGGCAGCACGUAUGAAGCUUGAUACAGAGUUGUGAAGCCGGAUGCGCUUCCCCCUGCUAGACCAAAAGAAAAGCUUCCGGUUUCGAUUUUUGAAUGACGAAAAUAAGGUGCAAGGAUGUUGAAUCACAGUCUGAACUUUGAAAUUCAAUCCAGCAGUAACAUCUUCUUCACUGUA